AUGUCUACUUUGCCGAUGUCCGAAGACGACGAUAGUCCCAUUUUAAUAACUACGAAAAAGUCUUCGUCAAAAAAGGUCGCCAUUGAUCAAAACGACAAUAACGACAACGACGUAGUCAACCUCAAUACUGAGUCUUCCGUUAGAUUCGUUCCUAUCGCUGAGCAUCCCUCCCAAAAUCCGGUGCAAUGCUGCAACAUCAAGUUGAACAAAGCGAUUCAAUACUUAAGCAUCAUACUUAUCGUCAUGCGUUUUGCGAUUCUUUCCGUCUACUUGUUCAUCGCCCUCAACCCGAUUGUUUUUAUCGCCAAGUAUGAAAAAUACAGUGGGAAUCCAAUCCACAAAUGCGCCCAUGGAAUCCAAAUAACGUGCACGCUUCUCUCCUUGAGAGAAAUCUUGUUCGUUUUGUCCACGUUUUUCCUCCUCUUUCUUGGAGCGUCUUAUAGAAAAUACGACCCCUUGAAGUGUUGGGUGAUCUUCACUUUGCUUCACUGUUUUCUAACAGGGCUCGCCCACAUUGCCACCGGUUUCGCGAUAGGCACCCCAAUCCUCGCCUUCCACACCCCCCUCAGUCUCCCCCUCGUCGCUUUCAUCAUGUAUCUCACCCUCGCCUUGAUGCGGGACAUCAAGCAGAAGAUCGUCCUUCGAAGAGAAUUUGGUCCUCAACUUAAAAUGAACAAGGACAGCAUCGGAACUACGAAGGCGAAGCACUUGUAUGGAAACAAAGAGGGGGUUUUACCUCCCGUGACAAAAUCAUACAAUCACAACAUCUUUAUCGGCUCAGGAAAGGAUGCGGAACUAAGUUUUUGCUAAUAAGAUGGAAAUCAUGAUCAAAUUUUUUUGUGAA